ACGUCAUCAGGACGACUUUUUUGUUGCCCACAAUAGUUAGUAGUGUGCAUUCUGCGUGUGUCUGUGGAUCGUUCACGCAUCACUAAAUCACGAACGGAAUUCGGUGACAACGAACGACGACGACUACUACGAACCUACUGCUGCUUGUUCAACACCAUCGAGCAGAGCGCAACCAGCUGAUGACGUUACACACCUUUCCGCGGUGUAGCUGUGUGUGUGUUUGUGUGUGCGUGUGUGUGUGUGGGUAUUGGUUGCGAGAUGUCACUUUGCAUUGCGUUGCGUUUGAGGGGGUUCAGUGUUUUCUACUUUUCCUUACGGUGGGGACGUUAGGGAAAUGAUGCAGCAAUGCUGAUGGCAGAAAUCGACAGCAACAACAACCACCAGCAGCAGUAGCCCCAGACGGUGGCAGCCAGCAUCAGCGAAACGGCAACGUGUCUAGCAGCUUUUCCUUAUCCGCAAGGGAAACGCGCAAAACGAGUCGAAAGUGGAAUCAGGUGUAAAUAGCAAAACGAAGAAGCGGAAAAGAUAAGCCAGAGAGCGAAGGAGAGGGAGAAAGAGAAGCUUUUGAAAGAAGAAAAAAAAAAACAUCAUCUCCGAUCAUCAUCCUAAGAAGGGUGAGAAAGCGUAGUGCGCGCGGUGAGAAGAUCGUGUUUCGUUUGCGCUGUGUGGUGAGUUGGGUGAGAAAGUUUUCACGAUCGUUUCAGUGGUGUGUGGUGCAGCGUGAUUGUGAGUGUGUGCGUGUGUGUGUUUGAAAAGAAAAGUGCAACCGAAAAAAGCGGGCGCCCACCUGUUACGAAGGGCUUUGCGUGGAAGAAAAUCUGCUCUGUGCGCGCAUAACACACGCGCACACGCACGCAAAGCGAACAGCAGCAGCAGCAGGUGUAUGCGUGGCGGUUUUAGUGGUGUGCUGCGUGAAGUGCGUGUGUCACAGUAGUUUUGUUUUUUGUGUUGUUUGGUAACAGCUCGAUCGUGAUCAUCUUUUAUUCGAAGCAGCUCAUCGUGUACGUGCGUGUGUGUUUCUCGUGAGAUUGUGUGCGCCCAACACAGUCAGAGCAGCAUCUCGCACGGUUACCCGUGUUUGGUUUGCUCACCUCGUGAGCUCGCGUGCAUCGGUGAGAAGAUUUCCGCUACCGCCGCGCCGCUCCCCUUCAUCUUCGUCCAUCAUCUCGUCGCCUACUGGUCACGGUGCGCGUGUGUGUCUGGUAGUUUUAGCGCACGGAAGGAAAUGUAAUGUGUUUGAAAGCUAAGACACAAGAAUGCCAAUACAGGCGCCCCAAUGGACAGAGUUUCUCAGCUGUCCCGUUUGCUGCAACGAGUUUGCAGCGAAUUUACGCCCACCGAUCAGUCUAGGAUGCGGCCACACGAUCUGCCGCACCUGUCUCGCCACACUCCACCACAGGCAGUGCCCGUUCGAUCAGACUGUUAUUUCGACUGAUUUAGAUUAUCUACCGAUUAAUAAUGCAUUACUGCAGUUGGUCAGUACACCAGGAGCUUCGUCCGCACCGGCAUACGGUACGAAAGGCGGAGCAGCAGCAGCAGGAGGAGGAGGAGGCAGUGGGGCAGGUAGUACCAACAAUUCUACCAACAAUGGUGGCACUGCAUCACCGGGAGGAGGAAGCUCGCAGGGCGCUGUUUGCGGGAGCAAUAGCAGCGCAAGCAGCAGUAGCAGCUGUAGUAGUAGCAGCAGCAGCAGUAGCAGUAGCAGCAGUAGCAGCAGUAGUAGUAGUGCCAGCAGCGAUGGUAAUAAAACCAACAGCUGCAACAGCUCGACUUCUUCCUCCGGUGGUGUAAACGCUUCGCCCGGCGCCAAUGCGUCCGCCGGCACCAUCGCCGACCCCGACCUCAACUCGACGAGCGUCCAGAGCCUCAGCCCCGAGAACCUGCAGUACUACAAAUCGGCCAAGGGAUGCAUCGAGGAGCUGGCGCUGUACCUGAAGCCCUGCCCGUCGGCCGGCAGCGGCUCGGUGGCGGGUGGGAGCGGCAACGUUAGCGGAGGCUCUUCGGGGCCCUCGGGCGCCAGCCUGCUGUCGCGACAGAUGCAGCGCAAGCUGGUGAUACUGGUCAACUGUCAGCUGAUCGAGGACGAGGGCCGGGCCCGGUCGCUCCGUGCCGCCCGCUCGCUCGGCGAGCGCACGGUCAUGGAGCUGAUCCUGCACCAUCAGAACCCGCAGCAGCUCAGCACGAACCUGUGGGCGGCGGUGCGGGCCCGCGGAUGCCAGUUUCUCGGGCCGGCCAUGCAGGAGGAGGUGCUGAAGCUGGUGCUGCUAGCGCUCGAGGACGGGUCGGCCCUGUCGCGCAAGGUGCUGGUAAUGUUUGUGGUGCAGCGGCUCGAGCCGCACUUUUCCCAGGCGUCCAAAACGAGCAUCGGCCACGUGGUGCAGCUGCUGUACCGGGCGAGCUGCUUUAAGGUGUCGAAGCGCGAGGGCGACUCGUCGCUGAUGCAGCUCAAGGAGGAGUUCCGCACGUACGAGGCGCUGCGCCGCGAGCACGACGCCCAGAUCGUGCAGAUCGCGACGGAGGCCGGGCUGCGCAUUGCGCCGGACCAGUGGUCGUCGCUGCUGUACGGCGACACGGCCCACAAGUCGCACAUGCAAAGCAUCAACGACAAGCUGCAGACGCCGCAGUCGUUCGUGCAGUCGGUGCAGGAGCUGAUCAUUGCGCUGCAGCGCACGGGCGAUCCGGCCAACCUGUCCGGGUUGCGGGUACAGCUGAAGCAUCUGGCCGCGAUCGAUUACAACAGCGAGAACCUCGUGCCGAGCUGGGCAGAGUGUGCGGCCGCGCUGCAGGCGGUGAAGCGGGUCGUCGCCGGGCUGGUAGACUUUGUGCAGCACCAUGGCAAUCGGAAGCUGCAGGAGGCGGGCCAUCUGGCGCACAACCGCAACUACAAGAUCAGCCUGUGCCGGGAUCUGAACAACCGGGGCACGUGUCCGCGUGGCCCGAAUUGUACGUUUGCCCAUUCGGACGAGGAGCUGGAGAAGUAUCGGACGAAGCUGCGCAAGAGCCACGGCAGCAGCAGCAGCGCGACGGCCAGUCUGCGGAUGGUACCGAAUGGUAAAGACCAUCAUUUGAGUAGCACAGGGGGAGGAGGUGGAGAUAGAGAUAGAGGUGGUGGAGGAGGAGGAGCAGGCCAGACAGGAGGGGCAAGUCGUGCGCGUUCGACGGUGGACUAUCACGGACACUCGGGUGGUAGCGGAAGUAAUGGGGAUGGUGCGAGUGGCAGCAUGCAUCAAAGCUCGUCCUCCUCGCACGGUUACCAUUCAUCCGGAGAGGAAGCAUCGUCGCCAGUGCGCUAUCACAAAUCAUCAUCCGUCAGUGGUGGAGGAGGAGGUAACAGAGACAGUGCAGGAAGUCAACAUGGCCAUCGAAUGAUGGAUAAACCACACGGUGCAAGCGGCAGCAUUGGCUCGGGAGCAGCAGCCAGUGGCGGUGUUAAUGGGGCCGGAGGUCCUCAUCCAUCCGGAUCCUUCAGUGGAGGAGGCUCGAUGUCAAUGAAUGGAGGUGGCCGUGGAGGCUACUCUGUUGGUGGGGGUAGUACGACAGCCGGUCACUAUCCACAUGCUGCUGGUAAUGGCGGUGGCUACUCUAAUCGUGGACCGCCCCAUCAUUCCAACAGUGGUCCCGGUGGUGGAGCUGGUCCUUCCUCACAGGGUGGUGGAAUGCAGCACAAUUCACCCCAAGCGAUGAGAUUCCGUCCACCACCACACAUGGGUCCGGGGGCAGGUGGAGCUAGUGCUAACGGUGGCAGCAACUAUCACCCCGGUGGACCGGGUGGUCCAGUACCUCCGACUCAUCCUGGCAUGCAUCAUGAUGGCGCUGCUAAUGGAAGUCAUCACUCGGGUGGUUAUCCACCUUCCGGACAGCCAGGAGGCGCAGGACACGGUCCUGGCGGGCAUCAGAUGGAACCGCAUCACCACCAUCACAGCCCGUUGCCAAACUCGCUGCACCAUCCGCCGUACUUCGGUCCGGGUGAAUACCCGGAGGGUGGUAAACAUGGCGUGGAGCAUGGACCUCAGCACGGUCCACCACAUCACCACGGCCAUAACCAUCCUGCGCAGUCACGACGGCCUCCGCCGAACUAUGCCGGCUCGGAUAAUUUCGCCACUCCGCCCCACCAUCAUCACCUGGGCGGGGGACAACACCACGGGAAGGUGGGCCCCGGCAGCCAUCAGCAGCAGUCCGGUGGUGGCAGCUAUGGAAUCGGAGGACAUGGAGGACCAGCAUCCCUCCAUCAUUCGACCGGUGCAGCACCAUACGGAGCUGGUGGUAGUCCCAAAAAUGGACACCCCAAUGCGCCCACAACCGGCACAAUGGGCUCGAAGUAUAUGGGCGGAAUGCAGCACCAGGGGGGUCAGCAGCAGAACUAUCAUCAUCAAAAGCUGGGCCCGCAGGGGCGUGACUUCAAGGAGAAGCAGCAUCAGCAGGGCAAUCGGGGACCGCAUUUGGUACCGUCGCAGCAUGGCCAUGGAAUGCCACCGCCGAUACCGCCGUCCGCCGCCGGCCCACCGUACUCGGGCGGACGUAAUGGGCCGCUGCCACCGCCCCCGUAUCUAUCUUCCCCAGGGCUGCCCGGAAUGGGUGGCCCGGAAACGUUGGGCAAAAGCUCUCCCGGACAGGUGGCACCGCCAGCACCACCACACCACAAUGGCUACAACGGGUCUCAGCCGGGCUAUCAGCACAAUCACGCGCCGCCCCAUCACCACCAUCCGCAUCACCAUCUGCACCACGGGCCGCCUGGAGCGUAUCAACCGUCGUCGCGCCCGUCCGUCGGUGGUGAGCCACCGGCCGGCUACCUGGCCAAGACGUUCUUCGACACACUCGGCACGGUGGCGGGCAGUGGUACGAAGAAAUCGUACAACCAGCAGCUGAUGAACCAACAUCUGAACGAUAUCGGCAUGCCGAACCCGGCCCUCGCCACCAGCAAGGACAUGUUCAUCCGGUCCGAUUCGCUGCUAGCGGACGAUGAUGCACUGAUUGUGGCGGAGCAGGAGUGUAACAAUGCCGCCCCGUACGGGCCGAUCUCGCGCAUGAACCCGAUCGGUACGGAACGCAUCGACUUGGGGCUGACGCCACGAGGAGGUCACCCGAGAGGUCACCAGCAGCAGCGGGCAGGUCUGUGGUCCACUACGUCUUCCUCCUCGCUUGGCGACAAUCCUUCGCCGACCGGCGGCGGAAACGGUAGCUCGUCCGCCUCCUCGCCGUUCUACCCUGGCAGUGGCACUCCGUCGAUGCCGCAAAACCACAAGCAUUCGAUGCAGCAACCGUCGUCACACCUUCCAUAUCAUGUACACCAUCACCAUCAGCAGCAGCAGCAGCAGCAUCAACAUCCGCACCAUCCAUCAUCUUCCUCCGCCGCCGCUGCCGUGUUGGCGAAGAUGGCGCCCGAACCGAACAACAACACACUGGACUUUGAUCUGUUGCGCGCGGAUAAGAAGACGCUAGAGUACGAUCCGGCCGGCGGCAUGGCCGAUUGCUGCGACCCAGUCGCAGCACCGUCCGGCAAUGUUAACAACAGUGGCUGUGUAGAGCAGGAUUUCCUGCUACAAUCAUUGGUUUCGCAGGGUGGGCUUACCGGUGGCCAUUACGGGCAGCAGCAGCAGCCGCCGCCGCAACACUACCACUCCAUGAUGACCAACACGGUGAUGAUGAUGACGGAGCGAAGCGAUUCUCCCCAACAGCAGCAUGCUCAACAGCAGCACCUGCUGGCGAAGGCGGGAGAUCGAUGCAAUGGAGGAAGUUUGGGUGAACGGUUGGGUGGCAGUGCUGGAUCAGCACUAUCACCCGCCGAAGAUCAGCGCAAGCUGAACGAUCUUAAGAGUCCGCAGUCAUCGCUAUCGGGCAUACCAUCGCCCGGCAUGAUCAUGUCGGUGACAUCGGAGUCUUCCGUCUGCACGACACCGCCGAUGGUAAUAGGCGGCACCGGCGGUCCCAACGGCGGCACGUCCAUGUGGAACAAUCUGCUGGAGCUGUCCAGCUUCAAAUCGUCGCCAGACGACACGCACGAUCAGGACGCGAGCUGCAACGCGAACGGGCGCAGCAACGGCACGGCCGGUUACCCCGGGAUGCCGUUCGCGUCGGCUGCUUCCACCUUUAUACGCUCCUCCGAGCACUACAAGCUGCCGAAAAUGCUGAUCGACUCGGGCAGCGGCCAACAGCAAGGUUUCCUGGGCCAGCCAGGCAAGGGUGCCGCACCGGGGGCUAGCGACACGCUCGGCGAUGUUGCCCGCUAUCACGAACUGAUCACUAGCAGCCAACCGGCAUCGCCAAGCUGCUUGAGCGACCGUGUGGCUAGCGAUGAUCAACGCAAAAUGAACACAUUCAAAGAACUGAACGACCUAAGGAUUCAAUCAUCUUCCGUGGCGGGUAUUACGUCCUCGGCAAUUCUUACCUCCGUGACGGCCUCAUCGUCCCCGUCGGUCGUAUCGUCUGCCGGUGGCUCCGAUGGAGGUGUAUCGCUUCACGUCGACCAGUCGGCUGCAUCGCUGUGGAACAAUCUGCUCGAGCUGCCCAGCCUCAAACCGAUGUCGGGCGUCGUCGGGCUGGAUCAGGCCGGCGCUAACGAUCCGCUGCUGAGCAGCCUCAACACCAGCAAGGGUAGCAGCUGCGAGGAUGCGUACGACAUUGCGGAUGAUAUGCGCGAGCUGGAGCAGCGCCUCAAGUCGGUGAUCGACGAGAAUGGCAUAUAACACAGGGAGCUGGCGGGAAUGCGGCUAGUGGCAGCAAUAGUGGCGGCCGCCCAAGCCAGACCAUAUCUGUAGGAUACAAUCCAAUACUGUCUGUGUGUGUGUUUGGGGGAGUGGGUUUGUUUGUUUUUUUUUUUUAAUGCUAAUGACGAAUCAAUUGCGGAUUUGAGACGUUCGGACGUCGAACGUUGCCAACCGAACGUAGUGUAAGUUACAUCAGUUCAGUCUGUUUCACAACUCGUUCUUUCUCCGUCUCUCCUUACUCGCUAAAAAGAGAGAGAGAGAGAGAGAGAUUUACGGCGAAAGUUGCCGUACCUAUACUAGGAGCCUCCUGUGGGGGAGAGCAUUAGCUGCCGCGAUAGGGUUUGCUUAAAGAAAUUUUGUUCUGUUGUAUUUUUACAUAUUGCAAAACCGGUUGAAAAGCGAUCAGCUCGAGCUGUCGAGAAAUGAGUUUGGUUCUUUUUUUUCCCCCGUGUAGUUUUUGCUAAGAAAUGUGUUUAAACAUUUUGCUUUUUGGUUAAUGUUUAAUUCCUGCAUAGAAAGGAUCAUGGACUGAUCUGUGAAUAACGUUAAUUUAGAAUCGGUUAAGGUAAUCAGCUUUUUUUUAUGAUUAUUGUUGUGUGCUAGUUUCGAUAGAGAAAGACAAUUUGGAAGGAAGGGAAAAGGAUGAAUGAAACUGUGCUCCGAUACUGAAUCGCCAAGAUGGACUGGCACGAUUGUGAAAUGCCUUAAAUACGUUAAAAAGAAUGCGUUGCUGAACAGAGGUUUUUUUUGUCUUGUUUUCCAUUCUACUCUGCUUUAAAACAUAAUCCCCAAUCGCUCAACGAUGAGAACACUAGUAGACCUUUUUUGAAUUAAUGGAAACAGUAUAUCGUGUUAUUACUAAUACCUUUCCUAUUUCCAAACGGGACGGGGUGGAGGCACCGAACAGUGAGUACCACAUUGUUCAACAUGCGUUCACGCGUUAGCAGUCUUUUUCUAGCUCAAUUUACACGCAAUAUAUGCUUAACCGUGCGUGCUCCGGGAAUUCAGGCUAAUAGUGAGGAUAUAAUUUUAACGACACACUUGCUCCCAACGACACUGUUUGCGAGCGAAGGAUUGUUCUGUGAAGGGAUACUACACUGUCCCUGCUCUAGAUAAUGUUACUAGGUGAUUAACACACAAGCACAGUUUAAACUUGUUUUUCUUCUUCUUCUUUUUUAUCGCUUAUAAAGCUUUUUAGACCGUAGUAGAAUGCUUGGGUAGCAGUUUACAAAUUUUAUCAUUGUUUGUUUGUUUUCUUUUUAAAUAUUAUAUAUGUAUACAUACCGUAGCAUCAUGAACACAUUAAUCGUUAUAUGGAUUACACACAGUUAUUGAGUGACGAGUUGCGUUGAAAGCGCUUGCUUUUGAUUUUAGAAAAAGCAAAGCUAUGUUAUAAGAUGUUACAACUACAUUAGUAAUUUUAGCAUACAUUUUCCCCAUUGCUCAGCACGGUAAGAGAGAAGGAGGGCGAGAAAUUAAAGAGAAAACGAGUAAUUGAUUUUACAAUCCGGAGCUAUACAAUACUCUAAACUUUCGUUCCGACUGCCCGUGAUUAGUAGUGCCCCGAUGGCCCCCCAAAUACAUCUACUGACAUCUACUGUUUCAUUGCCGACAAGAAACAGUACUGACACUUAUGUUUGAAAAUAAGUUACUCUUACCCGCGCAGCAUAUAUCCGUUUGCAGCGUUGAGAAUUGUUGUUACCCCAACACGUGCGCGACGGCGUGAAGCAGCCACCUAGCUUAAUUGUAUCCGAGGUCACACUUUCAUGCGAUGAAAUGAUACUAGUUACACUAGCAAAAGAGUGAAGAAUGAAAAUCACAUAUAAAUGCUCUUAUACGAAUGUACAGUGUAGCAAAUUGGAACCCUCUUUGACAGUAACGAUGGCGCGGGAUUGAUUGUGUGAGUGUGAUUUACAGUUAAUAGUCCAAUUUAAACACCGGCAACCGGUGUGCCAGAUACUCUCCGGAACUCGUUUAUGCGUGCGAGGCAGCCCGCGCUUGUUCAUUAGAGUAUAUUGUAUAUUCUAGUAAAAAAAAAAAAACAAAGUCACAAACCACCCGUGCAUAUACACCUUAGACAGAAGACAAACAGACUAUUAUGAUGCUACGCUAAACAGAAACACAAACCACAUGCAAACGUACUCUAGUGGAUAGGGAAUGAUCGAUUUUUCCGUUCCUGAUCUUUUGUGGUUUUACACAAAAAGAGCGUGCAGGAGGAUGAGAAAAAGGAGUAGCAAAAUGGUGUAAAGUUAGUAGCGAAAUUAUUAUUACCACUUACCUUAAAUGCCGAGCUGCCCAUCGGCCCGGACUGUUCGCGCUCGGAACGUUAACAAACGAACAGACUUUGCGGUUUGCAUCCAUGCCCUCUAACCGCUCCAAUGCUCGCAAAUGGUGGUGUUUUCAUACUCGCGAGUCUAGCAAAUGAAGGACAGAGGGGGGGGGGGGGGGGGAUAGGAAAGUUUCGUGCCAGGAAGGAGGCCAUUUGUUUACGAUGUAAACUGGAAUGACGGUUAGUCGGAAGCUCACACACAGACACAUUCGCGCUGAAGCGCGUGUUGUGCCAGCGUGGUUCGAUGAUGCUAUUUGCCAUCAAUUCGGCACAAAUGCAUCAUGUAAUUUUAUUAGCAUCCGAUGUUAUUCUACAUAUAUACAAUAGGUAGCUUGUUUUGUUUCCGCUCAGCAAAGUGACGUUGGCGAAGAUCAGACUAGCGAGCAGAUUGUUUUAACUAAUGUACUAACGAUAUAACCGCCUCUUUGUUACUUUGCGCUACGUAUGCAAACCCUUUCCCAACUGUUGAUAAGUUAUAUCCCCUGUGCGCUUUUCGGUGGAACUGUUUGCUGUUUGGAAAGAAGUUUAAUCAUUUAUACCACAAGCUUGCCGACUGCUUACCCCUGGGAUAGCUUUUCAGUCAAAGACGCUUUUCACGGGCGCGUGCAGCAGUCAGGGCAAGAAUAAUUAUACUCGUUUUUCUUUACUUCCUUUCUUAAACCCAAUGGGUUGUUGGUGAAUGGUAUACAUUUUGUAAAAAUAUUCUAUUUAUUUCGUAGGAAACGAUUCUGCUGUUCAGCGUUUGAGAAACGUUCACACACUUUUAUCCUCGACUGAGCAAAAAAAAAAAAAAACCACGGAAGUGAGUGAGCGAAGAGUUCAGUUCCCCGGGAACACAAUGCACACCGUUUGUUUGUCCGAAAUAGCGAGAAGAAUUUUGCAAAAUGCAAAACAAACAGAGUGGUCAGGAUGCGGAACCAGAACUUUGUUAAGAUUUCGACACUCGGAAGUUUUUCGUUUGAAAAAGAAAUCAAGAACAUGAUUGUGUAACCACACUACUGUGUAUUACGAUAAACUAAGUGAAUCAAUUUAAUGAUUCCCAUCGCUUCGCCGCCAAUCACGCCGAGAAGGGGUACGAGGAUAAUCAAUGAUGAGAUUCUGUGUUAGGCUUGCAAUAUUGUCUAGUGAGUAUGCGUAACGCAAGAACGUUAGCGAAAUUUGCUCCGUUAAUUUUGUCAGAACUGUUGUAAGACGGGGAAGCAUUAAUGGCGAAGCACUACUAGUAGUAGUAGUCGUAGUAUGUAGUAGUAGCAUAAUAGUAGCAAGCUUUUACAAGCCAUUGGAACAAAACGUUGAUGAUGAAAGAUGUUACACAUGAAAGACAGCCAAUCGAGAUGGAGGGAAAAUUAAUCAUUUCCUCUUCUAGCUAAUACGACGGGUAACGGUGCGAGCUAGCAAGAUAGUAAAACCGGCAAAGCAAACAUAUGCAAAAAGCAAAUCACAACUAUACACUUGAAGAAGAAAACAAACACUAAACAAAUCGAAACAAACACAAACAAGCGAAUGAUGUGUGUGACUAAUGAGUCCAAUUUGUAGUUCAUAUAGUUUACAAAGGAAAGCAACAGUAACAACAAAACGGAAACAAAACAUUAAAGAAACACGCAGAGACACACAUAAUUAGCAUCAUUUAUACAUUGGUAUAUCCUUCUCCCUCCCAACUUCUAUACACGGCGACAUACAAAAGUGCAUAAAGGAUGGAUGAGAUGGAUGAAACAGAGUUAACAUUUAAUAUAUAUAUAUGAAGAAAAAAAAACAAGGAUAUAUACAUACCUAUAAACAUAUAUUUGAAACAAAAAAAGUAUAUAUAUAUUUUUAUUAUUCGGAAGUUAAGCAGAAGAGAGACAUAUAUAGAAUCUGAACGAGAUGGCUAUUAACGUAUUAUAUGUACAACCAGAACGGUGGAUAAACAAACAAACAAACAAAAAACUAUGAAAUGAAACAACUAGGUAAAUGGAAGCAAUAGACAAAACAACUCUUAACAAAAAAAAAAAACAAUACAAGAUGAAACAAAAUAACAACAAAAAAAAAACAAACAACAAAAAACACGUUUUCCCAGUGGGUUUCAGCGCAACAACAACCACGCGAUCGCGGCGGGCAUGAUCACGAAAAGACAAACCACAAAGCAACCCGAAGAAAAACACGAUCAAUCACACGGUGAGAAGAGAAAAAAUCAAUCCAAAAGAGCUGGCGUGAGUGUUUUGUUUUGCCAUUUGUUUACUGCCCCUUGUAUUUUGUACUUCAAUUUGAUUAUCCUGUUCGACUUUGCUGCUAAAUUUAACGCUCUGUAUCAUACCUUCGGUUCCCAUUUUACAGCGUUUGUCUGUCUGUUUUUGUUUGUUUUGUUUUGUGCUUCUGAUAUUGUUUUCGAGUUCUGCAGCGGGUAACCAAAAGGGGGUAGAAUUAGUGUGUAGCGAUGCAUAGCAAAAGCCUAUAGUUUUCUAAACAUUACUGGUCCCCUUUGAGCGACGUUUAGGACGAGCAGGAAGGAGAAGCAGUGUCGAUAGAGUGAAAUGACGACGACGAAGACAAGAUAGUGAAGAAACAUGAAAUUAUGUUAUUAGCUCUUAAAGACGCUUUUUAUACAUAUUAUAUUAUAUAUUUUCCCGUAUUUCACACACUCUGUCACUAGCGAUUUGCGUGUUACAGGUUCGUUUGAGCUUGAUAGGAAAGGUGGAAAUUUAAAGCUGCGUUUUACGCAGCCCGUUUAAGCGCGAUGCGUUGAUGAACGUCGAACGUUCGGAUUUUUUGUUUGUUCUUUCUCCUUCCUAUAAACUAUUAUACUAUUACAAUAACAGCGCUUAACCACAACCCCCGUUUUUCCCAAUCAUAACACAGCGUGUACGUUUGUGUUGUGUGUGUGUGCGUGUUGUAGCUCAAAAACCACCACCCGGAAUAGGAAUUUAAUACAAUUUUUAGCGUUUAGUGUAGUUGAUCUUUUUCGCGUUGAUUGUUGAUCGAUAUUUUAUUAUUAUUAUUAUUAUUUUACUUACACCACUCGUUUAGUCGUACGCCACCAAUGCGCUCUCAAGCGCAAAACCUCUCGCCCACCAGCGCAAUUCUUCUAUUUUAUUACUGCUUGCUACUGCUAGGCGAUUUGUUCUGUUGUUACCUUUCCUCUUAUACUCUGUGUUCCUUUAAACGAACAGUUUAACUUAUUUACACACCCAACACCCAUUUUCGUAUGAUAUCUUCGCUUGUACCGCCCAAUUCGGUAUUGUUUCGUUUGUGCAACGGUUUCGCAAUGGUAUGAACUAUAUAUGUAUAAGCAACAGGGAUAGAUAGAUAUCGUUUCGUUUACUAACUGGGUUUAAAGAUUAAAACACACACACACACACACACACACAUACAGAUACAUUUUUUCCUCCAAAUACUUGCUUCCGUUUGUUUUUAACUUAGGCGCCAGAGUUAGGCAAUGCAUCGCAAAUAAUCAUUCAAUUGUCGCGUUAUAAAAAUCACCAAUCGAAGGGGAAAUUGUAAUGGCUUUAGCAGAGAUGGUUCGAUUGGUAACAGCAGCAGCGUGUGGCGAGAAGUAUUUAGUAAAGCGUUUAAAAAUACCGUACCAAGUUAAACUGACCCGAUCGGAAAUACAAGAGUUACUAGCGUUGAAAUUAAGCUCCUUUCUUUUUUCUGUUUUUUUCUUGUUGUUAUGUCGUUUAUUUUCCUUUGUUUUCUUUUCCUUGCCUUCGUUUGUUAUAAUAUCACAUAGUUUAUUAUGCAGUUAUGAUUCAAUUUGUUAUUUCUAUUUCAUUAUUAUCUAUUUCCUUUAUUUGUUAUUAACUGUUUCCUUUUGUUUUCUUUUUCAGUUGUCUUCGUGCUCUAAUAGCAAAUAAGGCUAGCUACCAGCUCAAAAAGAAAACGGAAGGGUUGUACUGUGUUAAGUGCGCAUUGAACAACAAUCAAACACACCAUUACAUCGUGGAAAAGUGUGACUAAACUAAACUAAACUUCAUUCUAGUAUAACUAAAAAUCAUACUAAAAAAAACGGCACGCCAGCAUUUGGCGCUGUAACUGGCUAGCGAUUUACUACUUACUCCAUUUACAUCAUCAUUAUUCAUUCGUAUCGAAUAGAGUAAAAGCAACAAAACGACCGACCGAAUAGUGUUAUCAAUGUUGAACUACCAGGCGGCGGCAAUCUUAGAAGUAGGAGUUAGGCGACGUAAAACCAAACCAAAAAAAAAGCGUAAACAUUGUUAAUGAAGUAAAAUCAACUUAAGAGAAAGCAAAAUAACUGGCCGCACACGUGUACGAUUUAAAAACGAGCAAAUCUGAUGUGAAAAUGAUAAAAAAAAAACAUAAACUAAAUAAGAAUAGCUACCCCAUUAAACUGCAUGAGAGUGUAAAUUGUGGUAACUUUAAAAGAAAAUAGUGUGCAUAGCUUAAACCUUCAGCCACACUUCCUCCCCACCCGUUGGUUUGUUAACAAUUUUUGCCCGCAAUGCCAGUGCCAUAAUAGGCGAAAGUGUGCGAAGCAUUCGACCAACCCCUGUUUGUGCGCCUCCAAGCUGCGUAAACGAGGCAGCAGCAGAUACACACCGUACAGCAGUAGUAUAGACGUAAGGAGGAAAAAGCAGCCACGAACAAUCUAUAUCAUCUUAUACAGUGUUUAGAUAGCGAGAGCGAGCAUAUUAGGGCCGGCGACCCAUUUGGCGGAACUCAUUAGGGAGGGUUAGGAAGCUCGAACCUCUAAUCAUGAUCUUGCAACAAUUAGACCAAUUCAGAGCGUUUGGUUAGUUUGCCCUUUUUGAGUCGCUCCCAGUUUCCUUGCAAAAAAAAAAAACAACAAUAAGAUCGUUUUUCUUUUUCGCUGCGUAUCGGGGAAUAAGAAACAGACAACAUGGACAGAAAGCAGCAGAAAAAGCGCCACAGACGACUAUUAGCACAGGCCCGGUUUGCGAUUUUGUCAUUUGCUAGUGAGGAGUUCACUUCGUUUGCUACUAGAGUAAAAGUGCCUUUUUAAGAGAAAAAAAAAAAACAAUACUUGUAGUUAACUUUCAUGUGUAUUCGCUAUAUAUAUACAGAGCCUGUUCAAGAGCAACCUAAAGAAGGAAACAAACAAAACAAAACAACAACUAAUAAUCAUCAUUUAUACACUCUCUUACACAAUGCCGUACACAGCGUUAAAAAAAAACUAAUACUAACAUGUGAAUGAUCAUCUAACGGAUCGUUUUUUACGUUUAAAUCCACUCUUAGCAGUAAACAAAAGCAGCACUACUACACUACUAAACCGAACCGAUCGUAUCGUAGAUUCUUCUCCCAGCUGCGCCCAUUUACACGCUUUAGAAGCUCUCGAUGCGCCGUUUGUUAGGGAUGUUAUUAUUGCACUGUUGCUACGGUUUGAUACUUACCCGCAAGAUUUGCCCUGUUCUUAGAAGUGAUUUGUUAGCGCGUUUUAAAGCUGUUUGUGUUGUUACCUAGCGAUAGAAGAAGCAGAAGUAGAAGAAGAAGACGUUUUUUGUGGGCAGCAUCAUGCCAAUUGCAUGCGUCGCCGUUCAGACGAGUUCCUAGGAAAAAAAAAAACAACACUGUGCAGCACUUUCUGCGUCUGUCCCGGUGUGCUGUUCGAUUCCCCGAUAUGUAGCAGCCAAAAGGAAAACAAAACGUUCAGCUCUAAAACAAUAUCAAUAUAUUAAUAUAUCCUACAGAGCCCCGAGUUGCCCGCACAUACAAAAAGAAAAAGAAACCGAAUAACCGAACCAAAUCUACAAAACCUUAACAGAAACAUUGUUUGCGUUGAUGAUGGCGCGCUUGGCGCAACGUUUUGCCAUUGGUGUGCAAAUGCAAUUGCAAACGGAUGGCAAACAGGCCGCGCCCCAGCACGCACCUAUUUCCUUCGAACUUGUGAUGUGAAAUUUAGAGUUAACAUUCGUUCAUCCUCCAGUUUUAAUGGAAGGUGAGCACCAUACUUUAAUAUAGGUCGGUGGGUGUGGUGUGGCGUUUAUUGUACUUUCAGUGCGAAGCGAUCUGAAGCGAAAAACUGAAACAAAAAACACAAACACAGAAACACUCUGAUUAAAUGCUAUCAUAUUAGAGAUAUAGAGUGCUAAACGUUCCACUAAAUAAGUCUACACCCAACGUUAUCAAUCAAUGAAGAAUGCUACACCAGCAAGGGCGCGGUGCAUUAAAUCAUAAUCCAUAAGCAGUGCAAACACCUUCCCACUUCGAAUCAAAUCCAGCCAAUCCAGCCCAUUAAUCCCUAAAGUUGCUGUAGCAACGGACUAGCAACACUUGACCACUUCAAGCGAUGGGAAAGAAAGCCACUCGCUGUGCACGUGGAGAUACGUUGAGCGUUUGAAUAUGGAAUGCAUUCACAUUAACCCUAAAAGUAAAACCCAUUGAGAGCGUUAAACAGAAGAAAAAGCGACUCCACUGGAUCGCUGUAUCAAGCUACUAUAAACUUAUACAUACACUUAGCUAAUGCAUAAUGGUAACGAUUAAGUCCACCUCACAAUGGUAACACAAGUAGCAAUAGCAAAACCAAGUACAUUAACGUAAAACUACGUGAACAAGAUAAGCAGCAGGUGAGUUUUGUUGGGGGUGGUUUGGGUUAGCGAAAGCUAAAUGAUAAAAAAGAAAAUGGUAGAAAGUAAACGAUUUCGUAACGAAAUCUGUUAACGAAAAGUGGAGUAAAAUAACAAGAAAUAGAACAAAAGUAAAUAUAAAAGUAAUCCAACGGUAAAUAAAAGACGAAUAGAAGAAAAGAAAGACGUAAAAGAAGCAUAAAAUGUUAUCAUAACGCCAUGCGAUCCUUCACGCCAACACUACACACUACAACACUACCCAGCACGUGCGGAGGGAUAAAUCCGAAUGCCGAAGAGAAGAGAAAGAAGAAGAAGGAGAAGAAGAAGGAGAAGAAGAAGGAGAAGAAGAAGAAGAAGAAGAAGAAGAAAUAAACAUUAGUUAACAUUUUUACAGUUUCUCCGGCUAUUUUGUAUACACAAAGGGAACGUUGAUAUGAAUGUGGAAAUAAAACAAAACAAAAAUCGUACAUAUAUAACGCAAUAUACAUACAUAAAUGGCAUGCAUAUAAUAAAUGUGAACAGAUGAAGAAAGCAAGCAGAGGGCACAGGAGAAAUUUGAAGCUAAAACAACAACAACACCGCAACUAACAUCAAAGGCAAAAGAAAUGGUUUAUGAAAAAAAGCUAAACAUUUGUUUACAAAAUAAGAGUUUAUAAUAAACCAACAAAGAGGCCGAACUCUAAACGCAAAUAUUCCUUUUUGCAAGCAAAUAAACAUAAAAAAACACUGGAAAAAUGCAAAUUAGAACAGCAUAAACGAAUAGAGAAGCGAAUAAAUAAUGAAAUGAAAAGAGAAUAAAACAAAAGUACAUCAAAAAGCACACACACACUAAUGCAAAGACGCAAAACAUAAACAGCCGAAAAGUGGAACAGUAAAACAGAAAAGGCAAAAACAAAACCACUAAAUCAAUAUUUAUCAUAUUUACAUUUUUAAGCUUAAACAUUUACAAAAGUGUGAACAUAUUUAGUGGGAGAAAAAUUAAUCAAGAAAACGAAGAGGAGAAAGAAGAAGAAGAAAAAGCGAGUUAAAAACGAGGAACCGUAACAUAAUGAACACUCUUGUAUAGUAUAAACUUGUAAACGCCUCUAAGCAUGCCAUGGUUUUCCAUGUUUCCUUCCACCUGUUCGUUGCUCCCCACAAUGCUAUAUACUUAAUUCUCUCAAGCUAAAAUCAAAUUUAAAGAAGAACAAACCUUUCCAACUAAAAAAAAGUUAAACAUAAACUAAGACACAAUUAAAUGAAAUAAACUUAUUACACUGCUGAAAAGGGAGCAGAAGGGAGCAGGAAGUAAUCGGGAAGUAGAUGGUAAAAGAAAGCAAUUUCUCAUUUUUAUAUUUACCUACUUCUUUAACACAAAGCAACAUUGAAACAUUAAACUAAAUAGUAAGUGUUUGUUGAAUUAAUCUUGAAACUGUUUCUUUAUGCGUUUGCCAAGCGUAGAAAAGGGGAGAAAGCUGUCUGCUCCUAUACUGAUAUUAAAAACAAAUGCAAACAACUCGAAAAAAUGGAGAAUGGAAAAGAGAAAAGUGAAUCAGCUGUUCCGUUACUGUUAUAAAGUGGGGGAAAAACACUAAAAUAUCAAAACGAUAACCAAACAUAUGGCGUUUAGCAACUAAACUGAUAAAAACAAAACCAAGAAAAAACAAAAGCAGAAGCAAAAACCAUACAAAACAAAACUCAACUAACAUAACAAUUAUAGCCUCGAACAUAUAUUAUAGGUGUUUUUGGUAAACAUUUUUUGAACACUAACGCUAAAGCCGAGGCCGAAGGAGUAAGUAAAGUAAACGAGUAAUUAUAGUAAAGUAAAAGCCAAGCGAACAUGUUAAAAUGGCUACAUCAGAUUUUAAACCGGUGGCAGCGUACGAAAUGCAUUUGUCCAGUGCAGUGAGGGAGAAAUGAGGGGUAAAUAUUAACAGAUCGCAAACAUUUUUGAACUUAAGCGCAUUUAGAAAGGAAACAACAGAUUUGCCGAUUUGUGCGCUAGCCCCGUAGCGCGAGCGUAUAUUACUUAAGCUUGUUAAUUUGUACGAGAGAAGAGAUUUAAAGCAUGCACCGAAUUCGUUAAAAUCGAUUCAUUAGAUUGUUGCACGUGUUUUUUUUUUAGGGAAAAAAAGCAAUUGAUCUUUUAUAGUUUGUUUCGUCCCCGUACUGUUUAAUCUUUGGUCAUUUAGUGUGGAACAAUGCAAACACAUAGUGCUGUUUUGGAAGUUAGAAGAUUAGUUUAGGGUGAAGAAUUAUCCCUAAAGCUCCUCGUAGUGUGCUCGCUUGCGGGAGAAUAAAAAAGAAGAGCAAACUAACGUAAAAACGUAAUCGGCCAGAACAGGUCGGCGCGAAAACAAAUUAAACAGGCAAAGAAAAAGGCGAAGGAAAAUGAACGGAAGCAUUUGUUUUAAAAAUGCGUGUAACAUUUGUGUACUUUUACUGAAAGAUUAUUGUACUUUAUUGCUGAAUUUAGGCAUUGAGCGGAAGCGGAAGCGCGAAUAUGAUGCAAAACACAAGAUGGUAGCAAAAACAACAACAGUACUUAGCGUGUCCCCGGGCGCACACGUGUUUCGGACGUUGCUGCGCAUUCCGUUGCUAGGGACAACGGGCGGGGUCAGCGCGGUUAGAGUUUUGAUCUAACGCGAAUGAUUCAUUCACUUAGCGCCAUCUGGUGGGAAACGAUAGAACCAAUACACGAUGUGCGAUAGUUUGCAAGUACCACUUUGAAUUUAGGGUUAAGUUUUGUUAGCACAGAAACAGAAGAUGUACUACUUUCUGUUUUCCGCGAAACAUAUAGGUGCCAUUGAAAAUCGGUUCACAGGUGUCGCUGUAAAACGAGAGGAAAAAAAACAAUCAAAACAUAGACAAAUGAAAACAAAAGGUAGAUGAAUUUUGCCAGCAUCAAUAGCGUUACAUUUUAGAACCUUUAAUUAACGUAGCUCAACAAUCACUAUUCCCAACCACUGGCAAACAGCAAGCAGGCAACAACAAAGAAACGAAUUGUAAUAAUAAAGAAAAGGUGUCAAACGAAACACAGUACGAUCAGUGUAGAACCGAUUUUAAUGCGCAUUUAGUUAGUUAGUUUGUUCUGCUUUCUCUUUUUAAUUGUUUGUUUUUUAAUUUCAAUCGCUAUUAAGCCAACAUGUAUCGUUAAGUGAGUAGUUUAACUACGACAACAACCGACCGAGCGAGUGGUCGCUGCGAACAGCAAAAUGAACGUUAACAACUUUGUCUAACUUAGAGCAUAGAGUAUAGAGUAUAGCACAAUUAGCGAAUUAGUACUUUGACGUACGCUAGACGGUGGUCGUCCAUGCCAUUAUUGGAAUGGCAUGAUAAAUGCAGCAACGGAAGAUGCAAUCCUAAAAACUUUAAACUAAGAAAGAAAGAUCGGAGAAAUGAUGCCAGUCGAGUUUACUUUUUGUUUUUACAUUCGUUUCGUUCAAUGGCAAAGCUGGCCGAACGGAAAGCGCAAAACCCAAAGUCCGUGAAAAGUGGUAACAUGUCGGAAAAAAGGUUUUUUUGGGUGAUAUUUUGCACCUACCAUAUAUCACACCUCGGUUUGCCGAGAGAAAUUCCAAACCGCACAAGCGCACAAGCAAAAACAAAAAGCGCCCCGCGGUGUACUUAAACAAUUAAAAUAUAUUUAAAAACAAAAUAAUGCAUUAUUGUAAACAAAAACACACACACACACACACACACACACACACACACACACACACACACACCUAAACUAACAAAACAAGUGUAAAAUUACAUUUUCAAUGAAAAGGACAUAAAAAUUAGAACAACAUGGAAAAGGUGAGGGAAUGCAUUAAACAAAAAGAAUUGGAAGCAAAUGGAAAAUACGAAUAUUUUUAACGUUGCGAAAACAAAACCUUUGAUUACAUUAAUCAUUAACUAUGGCGAUAAUGUUUGGAAUGAAACAAAAGAAAACGAAACAAACUAACAUACACACAAAACAUAAAUUACCAGCGCAUGAAUAAAAUGGAAAAUUCAUUCAAACAUGAUAUUAUUGUUUAUAACAAAUGAAAAAACAAAAACAUACAAUAAUCAAGCGAAGAUGGAGUAAAUGCAACAGAAGUAAAAACGGCAACCAAAACAAAGAAAACGGAAAUAUGAAAGAGAAGUGAGUAUGUUUUUUUGUGUAUAAAAAAACAUAAACACACACAUAAAAAAUCACAGUGCGAAGCAGCAAAAAUCAAGCCAAUAAACAAAGUUAAAGAACCAAAAAAAAAAAAAAACAACCAGAAAAGUGGAAAGCGUGUAAAUGAUUUCUUUCUGUUCAUCCUAUUUUCCUCUUUAGUUAAGUCGCUCAUACAUCGCUCGUACAGCACUGUUUUGUUUCGCAAUAGUUAUUACUAUUUAUUCUUUUACUAACACACUGUUUCGUCAAGGUCACAAGGGGGGAGGAGAGGGAGGAUGGGUGUUUGUAUUUUUAUAACAUUUUUUUGUUUGCUUCAAAAAAAUACUUCUUCCUGUUUGUGCGCGUAGUACUCCGCCAAUCUAUAUUGGUGAUAGAGUAGUUGUAGAAGAGCGGAAGAAAAAAAAAAAGAAAGGAUGAUGAAAUU